AUGUGGGACACAUGGAAAACACUUUUCGUAAAAGUUCUUGAUAGGCAUGCCCCAAUCAGGGAAAAGAGACUUAAAAGUAAACCAAAUAUUCCUUGGCUCACUAGUACAAUUAAAAAACAAAUCCACGAACGCGAUCGCCUUAAAUCUCUUGCUAUUAGACAUAAAUCCGAAAAUUACUGGAACGCAUACAAAACCUCUAGAAAUCGCGUAACUGAUGCAUUGCGAGAAACAAAAGCAGCAUAUUAUAAAGGAGAAUUUAAGAAAGUCAAACAUGAUCCCAAACAAGCAUGGAAAACUGUGAAUAAAAUCCUAAACCGUAAACAUGAAAGUAGAGAAAUAAAUUGUCUUGAAACACAGAGAGGACAAAUUUCACAUCCAACGGAGUUAGCGGAGUGUUUUAAUAAUUAUUUCACCAAUAUUGGUCCAGAUAUUGCCAAAAAUAUCGACAAUGGUGACAGAAAUUUCAAGGAUUACAUCACGACAACAACUAGUAGCUUUAAUUUUCAAACAGUGUCUGAGUCGAACGUAUACAGACUUCUGUUAUCUCUAAAUCCUCGUAAAUCUACUGGAAUUGACAAAAUCCCUGCUAAAAUUAUUCGCAUUGCUGCUCCUGUAAUUACAAACUCAUUGACAAAAAUUUUCAAUAUGGCCAUUAUAAGUUCAACUGUUCCAUUUGAGUGGAAAAUAGCAAGAGUCACUCCCAUAUUUAAAAACGGCCCACGAAACUUAUUAAACAACUAUCGCCCUAUUUCUAUCCUCCCUGCAGUAAGUAAACUUUUUGAAAAAGUAUUAUACGAACAACUCCAUGAGUAUCUUGUUACACAGGAGUUGUUGUCCCCUCGUCAAUUUGGUUUCAGGAAGUUUCAUUCUACAGCCUCUGCUCUUUUAGAUAGUACAAAUGAAUGGUUUAUUAAUAUGGACCGUGGUUUGUUUAAUAUAGCUGUUUUUCUGGACUUACAAAAGGCGUUCGACACCGUAAAUCAUGACAUCCUCUUAACGAAACUUGAUCUUUAUGGCCUACAGAAGCCAUCAUUAAACCUUUUAGGAUCCUAUUUAGCGAAUAGAACCCAAAUGUGCUCCGUUAAUGGCGCUCUGUCGGGCACGAAGUUGGUUACAUGUGGAAUCCCUCAAGGUUCAAUUCUUGGCCCACUCUUAUUCUUGAUCUACAUUAAUGAUCUGCCUCACAGUUUGGGGUACUCGUCGACAAGAAUGUUUGCCGACGAUACGACUCUAACUGUAUCUGGCAAGUCAAUUCAAGAUGUAGAGGUGGCCAUAAAUCAUGACCUUACCAACGUUAAACAAUGGCUUUCUGCAAAUAGAUUAUCUCUUAAUCUAGUCAAAACUGAGUAUCUACUAAUAGGAUCUCGGUACAACAUAAAUAAUUUACUUGCUGCUCCAAAUGUAAAUUGGUGA